AUGAGUGAUUUAGUGCAAUUCAAAGAGUUAAGACAAAAGGGGAUUGAUGAGUUCCAUACAAGUAAUGACAUGGUCUACAAUAUAAUUUCGAAGAAAUGGUUGGAAGAGUGGUUGGAGAGUAAAGAGAAAGACCAUCCAAUAGACAACUACUCUUGUGUGAAUUCAGACUUACUUUAGUCGAAAUCAUCAACUAUCUUUAAAUAUGAUCCAAUUCAAAGUCACAUGUGGAAUAAGAUUAUGCUACCAAAUCUUUAAGAAGGAGUUGAUUAUGAAAUUUUAGAUAAAGCAUCUUGGGAAUUCAUAGCCAAAAAGUACCACACGACAGCCAUAGAGCGAGAUGCCACUAUUGUAAACGGAAAGAAACAAGUGAAUGUCAAUCUUGUGCCUUUAAAUUUCGGAGCCGUGUUUCCUUCUUCACUUCGCAAAUACAAUGGAGGAAAAACAGCCUCACUCAUUAAGGGGGACUAGUAUGUAUCAAGAACGUGCAAAUUAUAAUCAUUUAUUGAAUUAUUGGCAAGCACUUUGUAAACAGUUAGCGGCUAUGAAUUCCUCAGACGUGAUGGAAUCAGACUCUACAAAGCUCCAAUUGGCAUGACUAUUUCAGAAAUCGAAAAGCAUAUAUCUGAAGAAAUUAAGAAUCUUGGAACUUAUGAUGAUGUCGUAUUUGAUUUCAAGGAUGGCGAUUAUUUGGAUCCAACCAAAUAUGAAACUAUUGAUGAUUGUCAAAUAGCACCAGGCUAAGUAAUACUUGGUGAUUUCAAAGAAGUCUAAAAAAAUUGGGUCAUUAAACAUCCCUUUUUCCCAAUGGAAGGAAAAUGUGAAGGAUGCUAUAAUUUCAAAGUGCUUCAGUUUCCAUGUGAAUGCAAAAAAGUUAGUUAUUGUACAGAAGAGUGCAAAAAAAAGGAUGAAGCAUAUCAUUUACCUAGAUGUGAAAAGACAGAUUCCGAUGAUGAGACUAUGGAUAAACUCUAAAGGAUUGAAAAAUCCAUGGAUGGCAAGGUCGGAUUAUAGAAUCUAGGAAAUACUUGUUUUAUGAAUUCAGGAAUCCAGUGUAUUGGUAAUACAUUCCCAAUAAGAGAAUACUUGUUAUCUAAUCAAUACAAACAGGAUAUCAAUGAAUUAAAUACUUUGGGUACUAAAGGAGAAUUAGCAUAAAAGUUUGCCCACCUUUUAAGAAGAAUGUGGUAUGCUGAAAGAACACCUAUACCUCCAUUCUCACUUAAAAGAGCCAUAGGAAAAUUUUAACCCUAAUUCCAAGGAUUCCAAUAGCAUGACAGUUAAGAAUUGAUUACUUAUUUAUUGGAUGGAUUAAAUGAAGAUUUAUGUCGUAUCAAAUAGAAACCUUAUGUGGAGAGAAAAGACUAUGAUGGUAGACCUGAUUUCGAAGUUGCUAAGGAAUCUUGGGAACAAUUUAAGUUGAGGAAUGAUAGCAUUAUCGUUGACAAUCUAUAUGGACAAUAUAAGAGUACUUUAAGAUGUCCAAAUUGCAAUAAAAUAUCAAUUACAUUUGACCCAUAUUUGAUGGUUAACGUCAGUAUACCUUAAAAUACAACCAAAAAGUUAGAAAUCCAAUUCAUAGAUCCAAAUUUAUUGUGGGACUGUUAGACUCUUAUCUACAACUAUGAAAAAACAUAAGAUCCUACACUUGGUUAAAUUCUGCAAUCUCCAGAGAUUUAAGAUAAAAUCUAACAAAUUAACCCAACCGAUCUGAUUUAUAUCUGUACAUCAGCUUACUAACAUGAUGAUACAGAUGAAAAUGAUAAAAUGUCAAGUUUAAGGAAGAAAUUGAAAUACAAAAAGUUAUACAUCAGGAAGGCUUUGCAAUCAGAACUCAAUAUUGAAAAAGACAAUAAAAUUUGUAUAAUGAUACAUGAAUCCUUCAAGUAAAAUGCUUAAUAUCAAUGGAAGAGAGAAAUUACUCCUGCUUUCAACUUCUAUUUUGAUAAAACCAAAACUACCCAUGCUGACAUACAUAAAUUUAUCUUUGAUAUUCAUGUUGGAGUCUUAGCCACAUUUGAAGACCUCCCCAAAUAUUAAGGCAACAAUUGGAGCGAAUAUUAUGAAGAGAAUAUAUUAGACAAGGUUUAUUAUUUAGAAUUCAAAUCCAAUUAAAAUUGGUAAGUUGAGUGUGCUUAUUGCAAUGCCAAAUCAUGCAAUGAUUGUGUAUGUGCAUAUGUUUAAGACACUUGUAUUGAAAAAUAUAUAUAAAAAGAACCUAAAUUAGAAAUUGAAGUAUUUGUAGUCUGGAAAAGAGGAUUCAAAUCAGCUAGCUCUGUUGAUGAGUUAUACAAUGAUUGGUUGAAACAUCAUCAAAGGAAAUAAACAGAUGUUGAGGAAUUGCCAAAAUAAUUAACUGAUCAAGAACAAACAUAAGAAGUUGUCGAUGAUGCAAAAUAAUAAGAAAACAUAUCUGAUGAAUAAUCUGCUUAGAAAUAAAAUUUCACUACAUGUCUCGUACCUAUUGAACCUGCAAUACCAACAAUCUAACCUACUAAUGUUUAAGGUGCAACUGAAAAAUCAAUGAAAUUAACUGAAUGUUUGAAAUUCUCUGAGCAACCUGAAUAACUAGAUGAAGAAAAUACUUGGUAUUGUAAUCAAUGCAAAGAUCAUGUCCGUGCUUUUAAAGUCAUGGAAAUCUAUAAGACACCUAAAAUAUUGAUAUUCCAUUUAAAGAGGUUCAAGAACUCCAAUAAAUUUUUCAAAAGCAAACUUGAAACCUUAAUAGAUUUUCCAAUCGAAAAUUUUGACAUUAGAGAAUUUGUUUAGAAUCAUCAUUUACCAUCUGAUUUCGCUAAUGAAAAUCCUCAAAAUUCAAAAAUCAAUGAUCCCUAUUUAUUAUGAUCUAUACGCAAUUUCUAAUCAUUUUGGAGGAUUGGGAGGUGGACAUUACACAGCCUUUGCUAAAAACUACUAUGAUAACACAUGGUAUAAUUUCGAUGACAGUUCAGUGCAUCCUAUAAAAGAAGAAUCUGUUAAUUCAACAUUAAUUACAAGCGCAGCCUAUGUAUUAUUUUAUCGCAGAAGAGAAUGAUAUUCAAAAAGCAAAAAUAUAAAUAUAUUUAUAUUAAUAAA